GCCUUUCGAGUCCUUUCUGCUUCUGCAUUUCAGCUCCUGAGCUCUGGUAUGUUCCUAGAAAACAAAAGUGUGUCCAACAGUCCCGAGAGCGUGCUAAUAACCCCCCUCAGUGUGGAGAACCACAGUCCCCCCGCCCAGACACCGGCAAGGAGAAGAAUGGCCUUGCAUGAAAGCUAAAGAAAAGCUCAGGAUCCUCGCACAGGGAUUCUUCCUGUCCCUGCUCCUAUCAGCUCCAUGCCAACCUGUCCCUGCUGAGGUGGCAGAGAUGUUGCUGGUCACCUGCCUGGCGCUGCCUCGUCCAAACACCUGAACAAGAGCCUGAAGGACACUCCGAGCCAUGUGCACCCAUCUCUGGCAUCAACCAUGGUCCUUGGAGCUGUUCCCACAUCCUCUGCCUGCUCCCAGGAGAUUGCUCUGCCAAAAAGGGAUUUACUGUUACCUGGAAAUGCAAGACAAGGCUCCAGAAGUGUCCCCAGAAUGUGCCGGCACCGCUCCAUCACACUGCCCCAAAUCCACCUGUGUCCACCUGGCACGGGGACACUGCUCCUUGUCACAUGUGGCUGGUGGCAUCUGGAAAGAGCCUGGGUCAGCAGGACAUCCACGUUCUGGCCUCUGGAGCUCCUUGGGCAGCCUGUUGGCCRGUUUGUCCCCUCUGCAGUGCCGGGCUGGGCUGUGGUGGCUCCCUGUGGCCCAGCUGUGCCAGUUACRUGUGGUGUCAGCACGCAGCCCACAAAGGAAACCCUGGGUGACAAACCCCGGUGGGGGCGGAGGCGAGACCGGAACAGAGCGGGCACAGCCUCCACUGCCAUCUCAGCGCCUCGGGGCGCUGCUCCUGUCCCCAGGACCCCUCGCCAAGGCAGGAUGGAGGAUUUGGAUGCUUURCUGGCAGAGCUGGAGCAGAGCUCCUGCCUGGCACCCAAGGACAGCGUGCCACAGGGACCAAGCUCCUGCCAGGAUGGCACCCCGAAGGUGCCACUGCCACCUCGAGAUCAGGCUCCAGGAGAGGGUUUGGAUUCACUGUACAGCAUCCCUGUGCCRGUCCCAAAGCCGCAGCUGCCCUCASCCCCACCCACGGAGGCCGCCCGGCAGCUGGACGAGCUCCUGGCUGACCUGGGCCAUAUGCAGAGCAAGCUGUUGGGACAGGGAUCCGGGGUGCCCGCGGAGUCGCCGCUGGACAACAUGCUGGGCAGCCUGACCCGGGACCUGCAGGAGCUGGGCAUCACAGCCGCGCCCGCCGGGGUCUGCGCCGCCUGCCACAAGCCCAUUGCCGGCAAGGUGCUCACGGCCCUGGGCAAAACUUGGCACCCGGAGCACUUCACCUGUGCCCGCUGCGGGCGGGAGCUGGACAAGGGGCCCUUCUUCGAGCAGGGCGGGCAGGCGUUCUGCGAGGACGAUUAUCACCAGGCCUUCUCCCCGCGCUGCGCCUACUGUGCCGGCCCCAUCCGCGAGAAAGUCCUCACGGCCCUGGAGCAGACCUGGCACCCSGAGCACUUCUUCUGUGCCCACUGCGGGAAGGUGUUCGGAGAUGAGGGGUUCAUGGAGCGAAACGGGAAACCAUACUGCCACCAGGACUUCCUGGCCGUGUUUGCCCCCAAAUGCCAGGGCUGCGAGCGCCCCGUCACAGACAAUUACAUUACAGCCCUGGAGGGUGUGUGGCACUUGGAGUGCUUUGUGUGCACGGAGUGCCUGACUGGCUUCACCAGCGGCUCCUUCUUCGAGCUGGAGGGGCGGCCCUACUGCGAGCUGCACUUCCACCAGCGGCAGGGCACCAUCUGCCACGGCUGCGGCCGCCCCGUCACCGGGCGCUGCGUCACGGCCGCGGGCCGCAGGUACCACCCCGAGCACUUCGUGUGCACCUACUGCCUGGGCCGGCUGCACAAGGGCACCUUCCACGAGCGUGGCGACAAGAUGUACUGCCAGCCCUGCCACGACAAGCUCUUUGUCUGAGCCCCGGGGCCCAGCACACAGCYACCCUGCCCAGCUGUGCCCAGCAUCAUCCUGCCAUUGUCCCUGCUGACCCAAACAUGCCUCAUACCGCCCCCAUCAACAUCCCUGGUACCAGUCCUGCUCAUGCAACUGCUACUGCCAAGCCGGACAUCAUUCCUUGUCCCCCUCCCUGCAAGACAUCCCUGGCAUUGCGCUCUGCAUUUGAAGCAAUAAAACACCUGGU